AACUUACUUUUGUUAUUUAGCUUUCCAUCAGCUGAACAAUUUUCGUCCUAUCAGUUUAAUCACUUUUCUAAUAAAUUUAACACAUUUAAUCUGAAGUAAAAAUUAAAAUGAGUGAAGUUAAUCUUAUGGAUUUAGUAUAUAGUGAUACAUUUUGUGAAAUUCAGUGUUUCCUUCGAAUUUCUGACCUUUUCACCCUUCGAUGUGUUUCAAAAGAUUUAAGAAAUUACAUUGACAAUGAACUUAUUAAGUUAAAACGAUUGACAGUUCCAGCACGGAAUGAAAAAGCAAUUACUGCAUUUCAGGUGGUGUCGGAAAAAUGUGAAAACCUUGAAACAAUAAAUCUAAAUAGAAAUGAAUGGCUAACAGAUGAAUGUCUUGUAAAACUUCUCAAUAAGAAUUCAAAAACUCUUGUCAACUUGAGUUUAAACAACUGCGUGAAUUUAACAUCGAUUGUGCUACAACCUGUGAUAAUUUCUUGUAGAAAGUUAAAAAAGUUGAGUUUGCAGAGCUGUUACUGGUUAACUAUUGGAUGUCUCGAGACGAUUGCAUUUCAUCGCACAGAUCUCGAAAAUCUUGAUCUUAGCAAAUGCAAAAUGAUCAGCGAAAGAUGUUUAAUAGUGAUAUUAAAUAAUUUUCGUAAACUUAAAACACUUUCAUUGGCAUCUGUGACAAAUGUUAACGACAAUGUUUUGUUUAAUAUUUCCAAGCGUUUGACUGAAAUUGAACAUUUGAAUCUCUUCGGUUGCCUGCUUGUGACAGAUCGUGGAAUUGGUGCUUUGUCUUUGAAUUGUAAGAAACUGGAAACAUUGUCGAUUAGAGGAUGUGGAGAUGUAACUGAGAGAAGCUUAAAUUUAUUACGUUCACGAAACGUGCAUAUUGACAUACCAAGAAAUCCAAUAAAUUUAUUUAUAAAUAAUUUGCAAAGAAUGGAUCGUAAUGAUUAUAUGUACCUUCAAGUAUAGAUGAUAAUGAAUGUUUAUUUAUAAUCUUUUAAAUGUGACAUUAUUAUGACAAUAAAAUUCAAAAUUAAUUAAUUUGAUAACGAAUUUUCGAAUCUAUUUAGGUAUAUGUUCUUCCUUUGAUAACAUUCAAAUUGACUUCUAAAUAAUUACUAUUUGCGUACAAUCUCUUAUCAGCCAAUUUUAAAUUCUGAGAUGAAAACAAAAUCCAUGUGACUCAACCACGUGAGUGCGAAAAGACAGAAUCUCAACUCUCUAAAUUUCGGGGCUUCCCUCGAGAUGAUUACGUGCUGUUUGAAAAUAUCAUGCGUUAAUUUGAUUCACGUUGAAAGUAAAUUGAAUUUUUAUUUAAAAGAAUUUUCAGUCAAACAUCGACGUUCAUCAGGAGGUCUUCUAAUAAGGGUUUGCUUAAAAUUAAAUUUAAUGUUGACAUUAUGAUUGAUUCACUUAAAAAGUCUUCUAAUAAAUGUGAAACUUAAUUAAAAAGGAGAUCUUAUAAUAAUCUAUUUAAAU